UUGGUUGGUCGAUUGCAACACUCACAAACCAUGGUCAUCUGCAACCUGUCCUUGCGACUUGGAAACGGUAUUAAGAGAAACUGAGGGAAUUUACACACACAAGUGAAGAUUUACUCGAUUAGGCUACAUAAAUGGGGGAUUACGGCUUUCUGGUUAAAAACAAUGCUGCAAAUAAAUCCCUUUUUCCGGUAAGAAUUCAUCCACACCUGCAGCAUCCGGUUCACCACCAGACAGCACCUCCAAGCCCCCCGGAUUUCAUCGGCAACAACAACACUACCAAUGGUGGAAGUGUUGGGUCUGCUUGGCUUUUCCCAGCUGUGACGACCCACUCUAACAUGCAAGAUGAUAUUUUGGAGUCUGAGACGUCCAAGGCUCCGCAACCUCAACAAGAAAGUCAAGAAGGACAAGACAAGCAGACGCUCUCUCCGCCAGGUCACCAGGAAGUACCAGGAAUCAUAUCGGAGUUGGACAACACCAUGCCAGAGGAGAACCAGCUGGAGAAAGGGACCAUGGAGAACGCUAACGGAAAAGAGGCGCUGCGGCUUGAAUCUCCAGUGUUAUCAGGGUUUGACUAUCAGGAGAUGUCUGGUAUUGGUACUUUAGCACAGUCUAGUAGCUCUUCUUCAUCGUCCCUUACUGGCUUCAGCCGCUGGUCAACAGCUAUACCCCCCAACCCUUCCACCUUAAUCGAAGAGGUUGACUUUUUCAAUCAGGCUGCUACUACUAACAAUGCUCCUCCUCCGCUGCUAUUUCAAAGUUUCUCUCAUCACACCAGUACAGGAUUUGGGGGGAAUUUCUCCCACCAGAUAGGGCCUCUAUCUCAGCAUCAUUCAUCUCCUCAUCCCCACUUCCAGCACCCUCAUAAUCAGCACCGCAGGUCCUCAGCCAGCCCACAUCCACCUCCCUUCUCCCACCGCAGUGCUGCUUUCAGCCAGUUGCCCCAUUUGGGGAAUAACCUAAGCAAGCCUCCUUCCCCUUGGGGUAGCUAUCAGAGCCCCUCGUCCACCCCAUCUUCUACUUCAUGGAGCCCAGGUGGAGGGUAUGGAGGCUGGGGAAGCUCUCAGGGACGGGAGUAUCGCCGAGGGCUGAACGGAGGGGUCAAUCCCCUUAACUCGAUCUCUCCUUUAAAGAAGUCUUUCCCAAAUAACCAGACUCCAACUCCGAAGUAUCCCCGCUUCAACACAAAACCCUGGAUGGAGGAUACCAUAAACCGCAACGAUAGCAUCUUUCCAUUUCAGGAUCGCAGCCGGUCCUUUGAUGGUUUCAGCAUGCACUCUCUAGAGAACUCUCUGAUCGACAUCAUGAGAGCCGAGCAGGAUUCCUUGAAAGCAAGGAAUUACGGGAGGCGGCGAGGUCACUCAUCGUUGUUUCCCAUGGAGGAUGAGCGGACUUACGGAGAGGAUGACCGGUCUGAUCAGAGUCUGAGUGGACUGGGCUCACCACACAGUUUCCCUCACCAAAACGGCGAACGCAUUGAGCGCUAUUCUCGCAAGGUCUUUGUCGGUGGCCUACCUCCGGACAUAGAUGAAGAUGAGAUCACCGCCAGUUUCCGACGCUUUGGACAUUUGUUUGUGGACUGGCCUCACAAAGCAGAGAGCAAAUCUUAUUUUCCACCGAAAGGUUAUGCGUUCCUUCUGUUUCAAGACGAGAGCGCGGUCCAGGCACUGAUAGACGCUUGUAUGGAAGAGGAUGGGAAGCUCUAUCUCUGUGUCUCUAGCCCUACAAUCAAAGACAAGCCAGUCCAGAUACGACCCUGGAAUUUGAACGACAGUGACUUUGUGAUGGAUGGCUCUCAGCCCCUUGACCCCAGAAAAACAAUCUUCGUUGGGGGAGUUCCACGACCUCUACGAGCUGUGGAGCUCGCAAUGAUUAUGGACAGACUGUACGGUGGGGUGUGCUAUGCUGGCAUUGACACUGACCCUGAGCUGAAGUAUCCUAAAGGGGCUGGACGAGUGGCCUUCUCCAAUCAGCAGAGCUACAUUGCUGCUAUCAGCGCUCGCUUUGUGCAGCUGCAACACGGAGAGAUCGAUAAACGGGUGAGAGAGGGGGUUGGAUCUUCGAGCAGUGUAGUAUGCAAACUGAUACAGUCAAGUCCAUUUUGCUUUACCGAAUAAAGAUCUUCAGCUUUCCAUAUAUGCAAUAUUAGCACCAUCUACUGCAGGGCU